GUGCAGAAAUUCAACGCAAAUAGKCAGAAGCAGAGGAAAAGAGAAUCGAUGAACAUGAAUGCACAUUCMCUCCCUCUCUUUCGUUUGUUACUAAUUUUGCCACUGUUGUUUGGUCGAUGCCUAUUCUCAUCGGCAUUUUCAGUCCAAUCACAGUCACUGAAGCUCGCUCCGAAAGCGUCGAGACGAUCGCAUUUGCUGGCCCGACCUGAAGACGAAGAGUUUUUGAAGAAGAAGCGAGAAAUAGAAGAACAGCAAAGGGAAUGGGAAAGAAAAAUCAAAGCRAAAAACGAGCGAAAGGCCAGCGGGAAAGGCGCCGAUGACGCAKCGACGACAAGCGAGAAAAUCACCCCAAACGGUCAAGAAAAGGAUGAAAAUGACGAUGCCUCUAGCUGUACGCACUUUGUAUCUAAUGAUGCGAUAACUUUCGCUCAAGCUCAUUCGGCGGAACUCAUUGCCUUGGCUGGCCCCAAAUUUGAUGGUGAUCUACUUGGUGUAGGCGGAUUGGACGACGUUAUCGCCGAAAUCAARAGGAGAGUCUGGACGCCGCUGGCCGCGCCACCUUCCGUCAUGGACGAGCUAGGAAUAACACCGGUAAGAGGGGUUCUACUYUAUGGAAGCAGUGGUUGCGGUAAAACCUUACUAGCAAAAACCAUUGGAAAGUUGCUCUCUCCUUGCCGGCCGAUAACUGUCGUGUCGGGACCUCAGCUCAUGGACAAGUUCGUGGGAUCGAGUGAAAAGAAUUUGCGCGAACUAUUUGACAAUCCUUCUCCCGUUUACGAUCCCUACCGUAUUUCCGGAGGAAAAGGCAUGGACAAUGCUGCAUUGCACGUGAUUGUGCUAGACGAAUUCGACGCCAUGGCCCGUACAAGAGGUGGUGAUGACAGCUCUAGCACGGCUGCRGGGGUGGCUAGAGACUCUGUGGUGAAUCAAAUAUUGAGCAAAAUGGAUGGGGUAGAUCCGUUGCCCGUCCCUACUUUGGUCAUUGCCAUGACAAACCGCCCGAACCUGAUCGAUCCCGCCCUAUUGAGACCGGGACGGUUCGAAGUUCAGGUCGAGGUUCCCCCACCUCAAACGACAAAGCAACGCAUGGGUGUUCUAAAUGUGCACAUGAAGCGCAUGCACGAGGCUGGGCGCCUUGAGGUCAAGGACGCGCCAAAGGAUGGUUAUGUCAGUCCCCAGUGUGCAAAGCAGGCCAGCAUGACUUACCAGGAACUACUUGCGUACUUGUCAGACCAGUGUCAAGGUUUUUCGGGUGCGUCUCUGGCUGCGAUUCCAAGGGCCGCAGCUAGCCGGGCAUUGGAACGAGCUGUGUCCCAAUACUCGACCGACCUAAAYAUGAACAUGAAAGAAAACAAGGGCAAGCAAGACGCUAUUGCCAUGUUCAAUUGCAUUGUUUCUUUAGAAGACUUARAAGUUGCGGUGGACGAUGUGCGGAGAAGUGCCACAAGAAAACUUCGGCAUUCUCUCAAUGGRAGUAUCAACGAACAACCCCCGAAUGGCACUCGAAAUGGCGUGAACGGGAACACAGAGAUCGAGACUCUYUCAAAUACACCAGCUAUAUAGACUWAAUCGUAUACAAUAAAAUUCAACCUAGUUG